AGGCAGGCGAAUCGUAUCGCGUCAGCUCACGCCUGAAUACGGGUCAUCACAAUGGCCUCGUGCUCAUCACUCUUCUGGGUGCCAUGGAACAUCUUUCACGGCUGUUUUGGGAUGUAGCGACCAAUUCUUUGGCCAAGUAAUAACAAGCCUGGCCCAAGGGAGCAUCUGGAUUCGAUGAGAGGGCAGAUUGACAGGCGUUCCUGAAGCUCCCACGUUUCAAGAGACCCUAGCAUUUCACAGCUCACAGACAAACGCGGUUGUCAGUCGCAAACUGGAAGAGUAACAAAACGUGCAGCAUACCGAUUUGAUGGAGGAGAGAUGAUGAAGAGACCAAGUUCCGGGGUGCAUCUACCAAUCAGCCCGGCAGGACCAGGGUGUUGCCCAAACCGGCGGUGCAACCCCAAAUAAGAUGUAUGGAUGCAACGUCAGAUGCUAAUUCCAGGAAGGCAAACAGAGUCGACAAGGCUAGGAUUUGCACUAGGAGCCAGCAAGCGAGGCAAGCAUCUGUUGUGCGUUUACCGUAGAGAGCAUGGCUAAGAGCUAUGACCUUUGUUGUUUGAAAAUGCGCUCUGUACAACGUCUGACGAAGAACGUCUCUUGUUGAAGGUUACAUGCCAGGCCAGACCGAAUGACAGCUUGGGUAUGGAUGGAACUCAUGCUUUGACGGCGCCUUCGCCAAGACCCAAGUUCACACCAGUUCGACGAGAGAAUGUGAGAAAUGCGCAGCGUGACGACACACAGCCUCGAACACAGGCAAAGGCCUCAAACCCCGUCAUCUCACGCGGCUAUCCAAUACGGUAGCAGCACAAGACCUCGUCUGGGGUCUUUUGUGGCAAGGACAAGCAGACCAAAAAGUCAAUGGAAGGAUCCAUGACCAGCCAAAGGGCGAGUUGGAAGUGGAAUAGAGUGGAACCAAAUGCACGACAUCGACUUGACUCGACUCUCUAGACUUAAGCCAAGGGCAACAGCGACACCAUCUCGGGCACUACGUGUGGCCCAGUCAAUGUGUCUCUGUGGUGUUUUGAUAGAGUUGGUGUGGAGCGCUAACAUGAUCGGGAGUCCGUCAGGACCAUCUUCUAAGCGCCGACUGGUCCGGCGAGACAACCGACCCCGGUCCAUCACCUGCACCGUGGGUUCGUCUUGGACAAUCGUCAACCACUCGAUACGUCGUCUUGCAUCUCCCUUGGCUGCCGCCCAUUUUUUCUCUUAUUUAAUUUUUUAAAUUUCGAUCGUAACGGAGCCUGAAGCUAACCCAGAUCCCACUACAGACUCGUAGCAGGGACAUGGUGCCAAUACUGUCGUUUGUUGCCUCUAUGGGUGUGGGUAUACUACCAUGGGAACGUCGCGGCCCGGCCGUCAUCCACGAGAUGGGCUGGGCUGCAUUACAAGUUGCUUGCCGCUGUUUUGCUUCUCUUGUUCUUUUAUCUGCCGGGUCCCUGGUCCUCUUCCUGCAGCUUUCCCGUCUUGCUUCACUUUUUGUCCUAUCCCAUUCCUCUUCUGCAUGUGCUAGUACUGGUGCUGGCUUACAUAUACGAAGUAGUGUACUGUACAUACAUACACACUCAUAUCCCACCUUAUAUCCAUACGUUGGUCUGCCUUUCAGCCUCUCAGCCCUUUUUCUUUUCACUUCGUUGAGUAACGAAUCGUCAUUCUCUCCGCCAUUCUCUUCUCACCCAACAUUCUAAACGCCUUCUCGGUAUGACGUGAGAGCUUCGCAGCAUGACACACGCCGGUUCUCACGGUGCCCAUGGCUCUGAAGCAGCCUCUUGGCCAUCGUGGUUAUCUCUCUGCUGCGCACCGCUGGUCUCCUCAGAGGACAGGAGGCCGCGUCGUAGUAAGUCUAUGUCUACUUCUACCUCUGCCCACACUGCCAAUGCUUGGGCCUCGGAUUCGGCUUCAACUUUGAACAUUUCGUGGCCCGUAGGCAGGUUGAGCGACGACCAGUUGCUGAUAGGCCAAGUCGAUGAGAAGCGUUCUUAUCCAGUAAUAUACGACCAACCAAUUCACCAUCCCCAGCCUGUUGCAAUGCCGGAGCAUCGUAAAAUGUCGGAUAGGUCUACGAGAGACAAUAUCUCGUCAAAGAGAAGGAGAUUCUGGUCACUCUCUUCAAGUUCGCGCCGGCCGCUCAUUUCAGCCCCUUCAGACUUUCGCCAUGUAUCAACUGCCGCCGAUCCAUUUCUUGAUUAUCCUGAACCUACGCCGUCGAGAGCCUCGAAUCUUCGGCCUGCGAAACAGUUACCUCAACGCCCUUACCGCCCGCUCGAGUUGAGCAUCUAUCAGUCCGACAAUGGUGUAUCUCCUAUCAUGCCUCACUUUGAACCAAGACCUACGAACCCAGCUCCCUCAUCAGACUAUUCUGAGUGUGUGUCAGAUUUGUCAGAUAGCCCACUUGAAGAAACGAAACCUUCAUUGGAGCACGAGAAGAGCUUCUCAGAUUCUCCCAUGUCAUUUCACUUUCCACGCCGUCAAGCCCUAGGGAGUGCUCCUAGUUCCUCUCAUGGAGAAGAUGAGAUCCCGCCCUUGAUCCCCCCCAAGUCACGGGGGCGUCCUCGUGCGUAUAGCUCACCAGAUGUGGAAAAGGUCAAGGAACGAGUCGCGAGUGCUAUGCUAGAGGUUGAAAAGCUCCAGAAGCAAAUUGACGAUGUCAUUGAGAGACAGAGUCUUUAUGUUCCCAGUCGACCACCAACUCCCUACUCGGUCGCCCGGGCCGUGCCCGGUAUGAGCUCGAUCUAUGGGCCUGGGGACGAACCGCUCCCGCUGACUUCUUCAGACCUGGAACCCAUGCCGUCAAUUCCGGCUCUGCCCCCAGCUGCUCCUUCUUUUGCCCAGAGACUUAACUCCGAUAUCAUUGAAAGGCCACACACAGCACCCAUCAGGUCUCCUCGUACGCCUGUGAGAACUCUCAUCACACCACCUCGCAGAUCCCGAACUUCUGAAGAAAAAAGAUCACCUUCUACCCCUCCUUCUCGCCCAAGGCGAGGUGAUAUGCCCCCACCGCCACCUCUACCUUUAGUACUUCGACCUCCUCUGAGGAAGAAGAAGUCUUUUUCCCGGGUGUCGAGCUGGCUCUUCCCCGGGUCGCAGCACAACCGUAACAUGAGUUUCGACUCCGUCACCAACGCUCCUCGUCCUAUCAGGGGCUGCCAAGGAUUUUACCAAGUUUCGCUGGGCGGAGCAUCAGAACAUCGGCGGAGCACAGAGUCAAUCGAUACCGCCAGUACUUGGGAAUCGGAUGACGAGAAUCGUACUGUCCCGACAACAUGCUCUGUGGGUAGCACAGCUGCUGUGUCACAGGAUGAGCCCCUCAUCCCACGGUUCGCCACUUCAACGUUCGGUAGAAAUGAUAUCCGACCUCAAAGGAGGAGUGUCGGAGUUGCAAUGUAAAGGAAUGAUUGGAUAUUCUGGCUUAUACCCCGCGUUUUCUCUUCAACGUUUUUAUGACUUAUACACUUGUAUGAUACCAUCCGUACUACAGCUGCCCUGUAGCUAGACUACGUGGCAAGCAAGGUCUUUUGGGUAUUUGGAAUGCUACAGUAAUAGGAUAAAAUAUUUGGGAAUAAGGGUUGGAUUAAAGAACUGGUUUCUGGGCGGCAGAUUUCUUCUAAAAUUUAUGUCCAUUUAAACGAUAGAGGCUGGAGGUAUGGGAGCAGAGAUGUUAUCUUGAGAUCUGCAGGAUACAGCUAGUUGCAAUUUAGUCCGCCUAGAGCGGCAUAUUCCAUUCGAUACAUACUUUCCACUUCAUUUGUCGUCUUCACCACU